AUGGGCGAGACAGACAUGCUCGACUUCGCAACAGCAGAGACCACGUCGCUUCAAAUCUUUCUGCAGUCUUCUUCACGAUGCAGUCUUGUAGGUCGCAAGUCCUCUUGUCUGCCAUUAGCGAUCAGCAACACGUCGAAAUCUAGGAACCCCCACUACACCGGUACGCUGCUGGACGGCACCAAGUUCGACAGCUCGCGUGACCGCAACGCUGAGUUCAAGUUUGUGCUGGGCAAGGGCAACGUGAUCAAGGCCUGGGAUCUAGCCUUCGCCUCAAUGAAAGUUGGCGAGGAAGCUCAACACGACGUGGACAUUCUCAUCGCAAGUGAAGUCCAAGAGGCUCAACGGACGUUUGUCUACGUUGGGGACGUCACAAGGGCUCAACGAGCGUAG